AUUUAAUACAUUCACAUGCAUCACUAAUCCUCUCUCUCUCACUGAAAGAGACAUAGUUGGUGGCUUCAUGAUCUACCGCAUUCAAGAAUUAAUAUGGGUAGUUGAGUCCUCUGCUAAUUGGUCUCUCUGGAUUUAUUACCACCUAUUUAAUGUUACCCACCACUUUCCAUUUAAUGCAAAAGGACCACCACCACCACCUCGGUAGCAUACCACUGUUCCUGACAUGUCACGGAUAAAUGCAAAAAAAUUUCAUACUAGUAACUUCUUGCAAACAUCACAACCCAAAUGGCUCUUCCUUCUUCCUCUUCUUCUUCAUCUUCUUCUUCUUCAUCCAAAUCCCCUCCUAUUAUUCCUUCACGCCAUUCCCCACAAUUCACUCCUAUUCAGGAGGAGCAUGAAUUUGAUGAUGGCUAUAGUAGUGAAAACAGAACAACUCCUAUUGCUUGCAUUGAUCACAUUAAAGGCCUCACUCCAAAUCACCACCGCCACCAACACCACCCUCCAACUCCUAUAGUGAAGAAGAAUGGUAGCAAAUCCAAUCACAAGAAGAAAAGGUCUCAAUCUGAAGAAGAAGAUGGUUCUGUUUCCUGCAACAAGUGCAGGCCACACUCUCGUGACAAAAUCUUCAUCCUUCCUUUAGAUCACACCAGCAACAACAGCAAGAACUCAUCUCUAUUGGCUAGUCCAAAUGGGAUUUUCAGGUCCAUCGUUUCCAAGCUCACCCGGAAGAGCCCCAUGUCAUCAAGCACCACCGAAUCUCUCUCACGUUCAAGAGAAGAACAGUGGAAAAUCGCAGUGGCAGAGCUUUCUCACAAGCUGGUUCAAGCCACAAGAAAAAGGGAUGAAGCUCUUCUGGAAGCUUCAAGGCUCAUGCACUCCAUGACUGAGCUAGAGAAGAAGCUCAACAAGCUCGAACUCUACUGCCACACCUUGAAGUCAGGCCUUGAAGAAUGCAGCAACAACAGCAACAACAAGGUUCAGAGCUUUCAUCAGGACUCUGUUAUCCAACACUUCUUGGUCUCUGUUUCUGAAGCAAGAUCCUGUGUGAGGCUUCUGAGUCGCUCUCUCACUAUGCAAUUGAGGCACAUGGGGGGGACCAAAGUGUACGAGAAGGUUUCAAUUCUCCUCCAACCUUAUGAAAUCAGAAUCUCCUUCUCUAAGAAUCCCAGAAGCUUGCUUUUCUACCUUGAAGCUCUGUUAAACAGAGCAUUUUUUGAGGAUUUUGAAUCAGUGGGGUUCCAGAAGAAUGGUUGCAAUCAAACACUGAAUCCAAUGGAUCGGUGCGAGGCUAGUUUCACUGCUUUCAAUACCCUUCACGGGUUGACAUGGGAAGAGGUGCUGAGCAAAGGGACAAGGCACUUCAGUGAAGAGUUCAGCAGAUUCUGUGACAGGAAAAUGAGUGAGAUUGUGGCGAUGUUGGGUUGGAACAGAGCAUGGCCAGAGCCAUUGUUGCAGGCUUUUUUUGGUGCCUCCAAGAGUGUUUGGAUGGUGCAUUUGCUAGCUAACUCAGUUCAUCCCAGCUUGCCAAUCUUCAGAGUGGAUAAGGGUGUGAGCUUUGAUUCAGUUUACAUGGAGGACAUGGGGGGUGACAGGGCUUCAAAAUUGGUCCCUAACAUGGUGAGGAUCAUGGUAGCACCAGGGUUUUAUGUGUAUGGCAGUGCAGUGAAAUGUAAGGUGCUCUGUAGGUACUUGAGCAGCAGCAACAACCACAGUAACAAGGGAGAAGUGAAAGGUUUAACCCCUUCUCCUUAAUCUUGAUUAAGCCUUUUUUUUUUUCUUCAAUAUAAUCACUUUGAGAUGGAAAUGGUUGUUUUGGAUCAGAUUCUAUUGUUUUUACCUUGGCCAAUUAGUGUGAAAUUAAAUGUAUAUUACAUUGUAUUGGGGCCCAUUUGUUGGUUCCAUUUAUAGUAUGUUUAGUUCCAUGAUAAAAUGCUGCACAAUCACUUCUGAUAAGAAGC